UCGGCAGAUAUUAAACUCACAACCAUGGACUUGGUAACCAAACGACGCAGACGUAUGGUAUCGCCGGAUAGACGAAAGAAGGUUACCCAGGCAUGCGAUUCGUGCAAAAGGCGUAAGCAAAAGUGUAACGGAGGAGCUCCGUGUAACACGUGCGCCUCGCGCGACGUGGAAUGUGUAUACAGUGAGAUUGACCGCCGGUCACUCAAGUCGCUCAAGACACAUUCGGCGACACCGGUGCAGUCGCUGAACGAAAAUUUUGCACACUUCCACUCCCUCUCACCCGAUCCAUUCCGUCUGGAGGUGGCAACUGUUUUAACCGCACCCUCAUUCGACCCACCACGCGCCAAGUCGUACAUACCCGCGAGUCUUCAACCGCUCUUGUCGUUUCCGAUAGAGUACCCAGAUGACCACGUACCCUGUUCUGACAAUGGACUCUUUGCACACACGGGUUCCGGGGAUACUGAAGCCGACAACGAUGCGCACUCAGCAUCUGUGCAUAACCUCUCGAUCUCGCGCAUGGUGUCGGACACCGCCGGGAAUUUCCGCUACAUGGGCGAGAGUUCUACGCUCUCGCUCUUGUCGCAGACGCGCAAAAUCUAUCUCCGGGUAUUGGGUCCGUCGCGCUACACGGACGACCCGCUGCGCAUCCACGUGCACGACUUUCCGCACGCGCUCAGCAGUAAGCGCACGUUGCAGUUACCGCUCCGCGCCUUCACGGACCACCUCGUGCUCUGCUUCCAGGACUGCGUUAACGAGCUUCACCACAUCUUUGACAUGGCCUACCUCAAGAAUGUACUCAUCGAGGGCAUCUACAGCGACCCCAUCAGCGCAACGCCACGCCAGCUCUGUCUCCUCCACUUGGUGUGCGCUGUGGGUGCGGUAUACGCGAACAUCGCGCGCGACUUCCCCGGCAACAUGGUGCCCGCGGAGGAGUUCUUCCAGAACGGGAUCCACUUCAUCCACCAAUCGGUCGAAAACGGCAACUUGUGGCUCGUAGAGGCGUAUACGCUCAUCUACUUGUACUACCAGAGCGUAUGUAAGCUCAGCACCGCGUGGGUCUUCCUCGGGACGGCCAUCCGCUUCGCGCAGGCGCUCGGCAUGGACAAACAACCCGUGAAUGACUCGUUCGCGAACAAGAGCUACGCGCUCCAUCGCCGCAAGUUGUGGCGCUCGCUCUACAUCCACGACCGCCUCGUGUCCAGUCAUUUGGGGCGUAACUUCACGAUCGAGGACUACCAGUGGACAGACUACAACAACAUCCCACCCGCGCAAUGCGAGCCCGCGCUCGGCACCAGCGAGGCCAGCAAGAUCGUGUUUCGCGAGCGAUGUGAGCACGAGCUUCUCCGCGUGUGCCGCAUCCUCGGCCGUGUGACGUACGAAGUGUACCUGACGCCACGCGUGGACGUGCGGCGCGCGCGGCUCCUCGCGGUGGAACUCAAGCUCUGGGCGAUCCACCUCCCGCCGGACCUCCAGGUCCGUACGCUCCUCCGUGAGAACCGCAGCGGCUACUACACCGACUGCCACCCACUUCAUCUUCUCCAUUUGACCCAUCUCCAUGCCAUCAUGGUGCUCAGCCGGCCAUUCUGCAACUUCCACAUCCUCGCGCAUUUGGGCUUUCUCCGCUUGAACCGCCGCUCGCGCCAAUUUGAAGUCAUGGAGAUGUUCUACGAGGCGCUGUUGAAAGCCGCGCUCCUCACCAUCAAGCUCUCCGAGUACAUCUUUGAGGAAAAUGUGCCGCCCCUCAAACCGCGCCUCUUGUUCAACUACGUGUUCCACUCUGGGUUGAUGGUAGGCAUGGUGUUGCUCGUGCAGCAGCGUGGGAAGCUGGAGCCGGCCGAAGCCUCAAAGUGUGACCUUCCCGUGGUACUGUGUGCCACGUUGGGCUCUGCGAUCAGGGUGCUCCAGGCCUGGGCUGAGGUGGACCUCAUCGCCAAACGGUACAGCUACAUCUUGCGCGAUAUGCUUGAGGCGUUUGUUGCGGGAGAGUCCGUAGCAACGGCGCCUGUGACAACAGUUGAUAGUAGAAAUGGGCCAGACAAAAGCGAUAGCGACGCUCAGGUUCCUCCUUCGUUGUUUGACAGUGCGGGUGCUAACGACCUCCAGACCAUUGACGAUCUCCUCGACUUCCAGAACUGGAUCGCCAUGGCGGACUCAACGACCCAUCUGACCAACGGCCAGAUCUACCAUACCACCAUGAGCCGCGUUAACAGUUCGGUUGAGCAGCAAUAUAGCAAGCCCGGGGCUGGGGAAUCCGUGGUAACUGCCGUACCGGACCCUAUAUACCCGGGCGACCUGGCUAGCGACACCUCCGCCGAGUUGUUCUUUGUGGAUAUGAGGGACUUGGGCAUGGCUGCAUUCGAGGGUGCGUUUAUGUUUGAUAUCGGUAACUAGGGAAAUGUAUUUUUCGGUGUUCUUGUUGGAGGAAAGGGGUAGAGUACAAGACCGGGUGGGGUUUCUGGGACGACUGACUGAGCGUUGGAACAGGUGGUCUGCCCAGUGUAGCAAUGUUUAGAAACCAAGGGUGUUGAUACCAGAAAUUAAGUCCUGGGUCAUCGCCGUGACGAGCUAAUUGCUAUAGGAUCAAUACGCGGAAAUAUUGGUUCUGUUUUGUAGUCUAGUUUGGGGCAUUUCUCGCUUAUUGAGCUGGAUCUGGGAGACUCUGUCUAGUUCCAUUCAGCUGGAUCGAUGGGCGUAAAUGCUUCGCUAGAAAAUACGAACAAUAUAC